CCCUCACCCCUGCGCUCUCCUCUCUUUCCCUGCUGCACGUGCGCGUUAGUUUGCGCGUGCGCGUGUCGGAUGUUCAAACUGACGGCGGGGGAGCUGGAAGGAAAGCAUAUUUGGAACUCGUGCACGCGGUCGCGUGUGCGCGCCGGACUGCGUGUGAAGCGAGCGAGACAUGGCUGCGCUUCUUCUGCGACUUUUGGGGGUCGCGCUCCUCGCGGAGGGGACCCGCGGCCGGGAGGCUUUCGCCGGAGGGGCCGGCGAGUUCCUGCGGGACGUCGUUCGCUUCUUCGGCCACAAUGAGUCCAUUCCCACGCGCAACCUGGAGGAGCUCCUACACAUCGUCGCCGCCCGCCGGCACCACGCCGUCACCCACGACGACAACCCGCUCCACGGACGCGAGUGCCUGUCGGCCCAGCAGAUCUUGGCCCACUUUGGCUUCCCCAACGUCAGCCGGCUGGGCGCCGGACAUCUGGAGGCCAUUUGUCCCGCCGUGUUGACCCAGGUGCUGGUGCCCUCCUGCCCCUACACCGCCCCCGAGAUCACCACCCCGACGCCGCCCACAGUCGACUACUCGGUUUGGGGUUGGGGCUUCUUGUCGGUGACGGUGAUCAACCUGGCGGCGCUGCUGGGCCUGCUGCUCGUCCCGCUCACGAGCAAGUCGUACUUCCCCAAAGUGCUGACCUACUUCAUCGGCCUGGCCAUCGGCACGCUCUUCUCCAACGCCGUGCUGCAGCUCAUCCCGGAGGCGUUAGGCUUCGACCCGAAAGCGGACGACUACGUGUCCAACGCCGUCGGCAUCUUUGGUGGCUUUUAUCUUCUCUUCCUGGUGGAGAAGGUCCUCACAAUGGCGCUGCGCGUCGAACACCAGCACGGCCCGUCGCACUUCGCCCCGGCCGAUGACUCGCUGCCCAACGGCGACGCCGGCUCGAAGAAGGAUUCCAGCCUGGUUUUGACGAGCAUCAGCACUAUCAGCACGGCCGAGCGCGCCAGCGUCAGCUCUGAGCACACCAACAUCGUACCCGCGCAGGCGUCGAUCCGGGCAUGUCGCUGCCUGAGCGGCCAGCGGCUGUCCAGCGUCAAGACGGUGGCGUGGAUGAUCACGCUGAGCGACGCGCUGCACAACUUCAUCGACGGCCUGGCCAUCGGCGCCUCCUUCACCGUCUCCACACUGGCCGGCUUCAGCACGUCCACCGCCAUAGUCUGCGAGGAGUUCCCCCACGAGCUCGGCGACUUUGUGAUCCUGCUGAACUCGGGCAUGAGCGUCCCCCAGGCCAUCUUCUUCAACCUGCUGUCGGCGCUGGCGUGCUACGUGGGCCUGGUGUUUGGCAUCGUGCUGGGCAGCAACUUUGCACCCAACGCCAUCUUCGCCAUCGCCGGUGGCAUGUUCCUCUACAUCGCGCUAGCUGAUAUGUUUCCGGAGAUGGACGCCAUCGCCCGGGAACAGAAGCGCACCUCGUCCAAGGUGGUCUUCUUCCUGAUCCAAAACGCCGGGCUGCUGACGGGUUUCGCCAUCAUCCUGCUCAUCACCAUGUUCGCCCGGGAUAUCAAUCUGGGAUGAGCGCCGGGAAGGAAAGAAAACAAAACCAAAAAAAUUACUCGCCUUCAUUUUGGAGCAGGACGAUUCCAAAAUGUUUUCUCCAAACGAAAGCAAAGGAAUUUUCCACACAAGAAAAAUUCAUUUCCUUCAUGAAAUCUACUUUGAUUUCCUCCAAGAGAGACAGUGAACUGUUUUUUUCUUCCUUGAAAUAUUGUAAAAUGUGGUUGGUGCUGGACUGUACUGUACUAUUUUUUACCUUGGAUUUUAUUAGCAAAAUCUGUGCUUUGUUGGAUAAUCCAGCUUCAUUUUGGGAACGUUAAUUAAACGACGUCGACUUUUA